GGAGCACUAUUUGGCAGCGGAGGAGGGGAGGGCAAGAGCUCGGCCGCAUUCGGGGCCGCCUGCGCUCAUCAAACGCUGCUCAUUGAACACACAGUGAGGCAGAGCUGGAGUGGAAAUAUUUUUUUUAUGCCGCAAUAUGCGUGAAUUUCUAAAAUAAACCCGGGGUUGCUGGAGCCCUUCUGAAGGAGGUCUGGAUCAGUACUCAUUGGCGCGGGCCCUGAGAGGCCGACCCAUCCCCCCGACUCUCUCCUGAGCCCCAGUCAUUCCACAGCGUCAGACGGGCAUCAGGCGAGCUCCUUACAUGCCAGCGUUUUUUGUUUUAUUUUGACUGCCUCCUUUAGGUUGAGUCCCCUCUCCCCCGAAACUCUUUCAUUCAGCAGAAAGAGUAGAGGAUAUUUUGACCCUAGUGCGGCAGCCGGGCUGCUCCCACACACACAGAUGAAUGAAGACCCCAUUCGGGAAGAACGCGGCCCAGAGAUCCAGAGCUGAUGCAGGGCAUGCUGGUGUCUCUGCAAAUAUGAUGAAGAAAAAGAACUCUCAUAAGAAACACAAAAGCAGCGUAGGCCCCACUAAAGCAGUGGCUCAGCCGCGGAGGAACAUCGUGGGCUGUCGAAUCCAGCACAUCUGGAAGGAGGGCAGCGGCGCGGCGUCGCAGUGGAAAGGCACAGUUUUAGACCAGGUGCCCGUCAACCCCUCGCUCUACCUGAUCAAAUACGACGGCUUCGACUGUGUCUACGGCCUGGAGCUGCAUAAAGACGAGCGCGUGCAAGGACUCGAGGUCCUGCCAGACAGACUCGCCUCGACGCGCAUCAGCGACGCUCACCUGGCCGACACCAUGAUCGGGAAAGCCGUGGAGCACAUGUUCGAGACGGAGGAUGGCACUAAGAACGAGUGGAGGGGAAUGGUUCUGGCCCGGGCGCCCAUCAUGAACACCUGGUUCUACAUCACGUAUGAGAAGGACCCGGUGCUCUACAUGUAUCAGCUGCUGGAUGACUAUAAAGACGGAGAUCUGAGGAUCAUGCCAGACUCCAACGACUCGCCCCCAGCGGAGCGUGAGCCCGGAGAAGUGGUGGACAGCCUCGUGGGGAAGCAGGUGGAAUACGCCAAAGAGGACGGCUCUAAACGAACUGGGAUGGUUAUCCAUCAGGUGGAAGCCAAGCCCUCCGUCUACUUCAUCAAGUUUGAUGACGACUUUCACAUUUACGUCUAUGACCUGGUGAAAACAUCGUAAGGCGGCGACACGGGACGAGGAGAGGGGGAGGAGUUUCACCUAACCAUGUGAUCCACACAAACGUUUUUUUUUUUUUUUGCCAAAAGUUCUCUCAAAACAUUUCUCGUAACAUCAUUUGGAAAUGGAACGCUGGAUAUUUCGGUGGAUUAGUGGAUAGUCGGGUGUCUCUUAUCGCUGUAGGAUGAACGAACAUCCGUCCCCCGACAUACACACGUAGCUUCAUAUUUCAGAGGUUCGUCUCGAGAAUUUCCCAUUCCUGGUUGGUUGUUACGAAGACGUUCGUCGGGAGAAUCCAGUUUGGCUGUUGUGGAACGUUUAAGUGUUCAUCUGUUGGACUGUUACAAUCCCGUCAUGGGUUGAGAUUCAAGCUAGCUUUGUGCGCCGAUGUUUCGGGAAACGGUGGAAACGAAACGCGCGGGCCGUUUAUCUUUCAAACCUGAGAAACACGUCGGUCUGUGAAGGAUGGGGAGCGUUCGGGACGUCCUAAACCUCUUAAAGUGCCAGGAGGUGGAGGGCGGGAGAAAAUGUCUGUAAAUAAGACAUCAUUCUGUUUUUGAUGUCUUUGAGUCGGUUGCCAGAUGUUUCAUGUUUUAUCCCUCCGUCUUCUGGUCCUCGCCAGAAUUUGCGCACAGAAGCUCCACUGUCAAUCAAAUGUAGGCAUUUGUUGCGUGAAUCUCAUCACCACAAGUAAACGCUAAUGCAGAUUUUUCAAUCUUAAGCACUAAAUUUAGAGACCUGUUUGUUUUCAAUGAAUUUCAAAAAACAUUUUUGCAUUUCAUGUUUGGAACGUUGAUUUAACGUUUGCCUAAUGUUGAUAUAACGUUCAUUUCACUCCAUUUACUUAAUGGGCUUCAUAACAUCUACAAAAUGCCUACGUAUUGUAUCAUGUUGCAUAGUGUGAACAUUUCCUCUUGGGUUAUUGUUGUUAUGGUGUAGAUUAAUGGGUUUAUUGUGUCUUAGCACAUGAUUUUGACUCUUUAAGCACUAAAAAUCAUACGGUUACCCAAUUCCCCCAAAGUAUUUAGAGAUGUUACAUAAAACUAAUUGCACAAAGUGUUUAAUCCUGUACUGGUUAGAAAAUGCUGAUGCAAUAAUGAAGAAAGUAUUCAGGAAUUUCUUUGCACCCCGUGACAUUAGCGUUGUUUUUCUUUGAUCAGCCUCGGAGAGAUUUCUCUGACGCUCUGCGAGCAUAAACGUCUGUGCCUGGAUAUUGACUUCUGUAUGUUUUUUUACGUGUGUGUUUCGUCUGAAGGUUUGAGUGUUCCCAUUAGACUAAAUGACAUGAAGGCCCCCUCCGAGGAAUGUUACGGUGUCUCAAGAAGCCCUCGCAGCUCCAUGUGUUUUGCAUUAUUUCAGCGUUUUGUGCUGCUUCGAGUUACAGCGCUCCUGUUUUUCACACUUACAUAAAGAGUUUCUCUUGUUCUCAAGCCGCUGUCGACUGCAUUCGAUGCACAACACUAGAAGAGUGACAUGAAGAAAUGCACAGGUCAGAUUUCACUCCAAAAUCACGUCAAAAAUAUUAGAUGUUAUAUUUUGCACACACAAAAAAGAAUCUAUUAUUUUCAUGACAUUCAAGCAUUCUCAUUACCUAAUACUAAAAUACUUUAACUGUAAUACAUUUGUGUAAUGCAUCAUGUAAUCCUGUAAAAUGCAUUCAUUUAAAUCUUUCUAUGAUUUAUUAAUCCUUUCAACUUUUUUUUGGGGGGGGUGCAUGGCAGUGAUGAGAAAAUGGGGUUUAAAUAUGUUAACUGAUUAAUAAAUGGGAAAAAAGUAUAAUAUUAUGUGGUAAUUGUCAUACAUAAGUUAUUUAUUUAUUUAUGUGUGUGUGUGUUUGUUUGUGUGUGUGUGUGUGUGUGUCUGUGUGAAGAUAGUGUGUGCGUGUGAGAGAGUGUGUGUGUGAGUGUGUUUGUGUGAGAGAGAGUCUGAGAGUGAGUCUGUGAGUGAGUAUGUGAGAGAGUGUGUGUUUGUGCAAGAGUGUGCGAGAGAGUGAGAGUGAGCGAGAGAUUGUGUGUGUGUGAGAGAGUGUGUGUGUGUGUGUGUGUGACAGAGUGAGCGAGAUAGUGAAUAAGUGAGCGACAGUGUGCGAGUGAGCGAGAGAGAGAGUGUGUGUGUGUGUGUGCGAAAGUGAGGGAGAGAGAUAAUGUGAGAGUGAGCAAGAGUGUGUGAGUGAGAGAGAGAGUGUGUGUGUGUGCGAGGGUGAGGGAGAGAGAUAAUGUGAGAGUGAGCAAGAGUGUGUGAGUGACCGAGAGAGUGUAAAUGAGAGAGUGUGUGUGUGCGAGAGUGAGGGAGAGAGAUAAUGUGAGAGUGAGCAAGAGUGUGAGUGAGAGAGUGUGUGCGAGAGUGAGGGAGAGAGAUAAUGUGUGAGUGAGCGAGAGAGUGUGAGUGAGAGUGUGUGUGUGUGUGUGCGAGAGUGAGGGAGAGAGAUAAUGUAAGAGUGAGCAAGAGUGUGUGAGUGAGCGAGAGAGUGUGUGUGUGUGAGAGAGAGAGAGAGUGUGUGUGUGCGCGUGUGUGUAUGUGUGCUCUUGUUUUUGUGACAUAUCAGGACACAACUCUGUAUAAUGUCAUGGGUAUGACACAGGUAUUACAACUUAUGAGGACAUAACCAUGUCCCCAUUUUUCAAAACACUUAUAAAUCAUCCAGAAUGAGUUUUUUUGAGAAAGUAAAAAUGCACAAAGUUUCCUGUGAGGGUUAGGUGUAGGGUUGGUGAAGGGACAUAGAAUAUACAGUUUCUACAGUAUAAAAACCAUUACACAAAAAAACAAACGUGUGUGUGUGUGAGAGAGAGAGAGAGUGUGUGUGUAUUUAAAUUUUUGACUUUUAAAUCACAAUUACCAUACAAUAUUUAGCCAUUUUGGCAUUUUUUUAAUUAAUUGUAUAUGUUUUGGAUUUCACUAAUAUAUCAGGAAAUGUAAAAAAAAAAAAAAAAGGUAUAUUUUAUAAAUAUAAAACAUAUAUUAUGUCUCUUUUAAUAUAUUUGAAAUAUAUAAUACAUAUUUUUUUAGCCCAUCUGACAUUUCCAUACAUGUUAAUUGUUAUUAAAAAUCUAAUAUGCAAUUUAUCCUUUUUUUUUUUUUUUUACAUUUUUCCUGACAAUUUCCAUAUAUAUGAAUGAAAACAUAAAGACUGCAUAUAUUCCAUAUUGUCUUCAUGCAAAUUAUAUACAUUUAGUUUCUUCUCAUGAUUUCGGGGUGAAGUGUGACCUGGAUAUUUCCAGAUGCUUUUCAGAAGUUUGAAGAUGUCUGUGAUUCUCCAUGUCUUGCCCUUGAAACAUUAAUGCAGGCGUCCUGCUCUGCUUCUAAAUAAACCAGCGUCCCAAACGCAGAGGUCAAGCUUCGUCCCGGGACCGAUGAUCUACUUCUCCUUUCCAGUCGAGAGCUUGUUGACUUUUGCGAGGCAUCGCUUGAGUCGUGUUUUAUCGAAUGGACAGCAGACGUGUCAGUAUGCAAUCGGAUCUCUUUAGAAAGACAUGCUCAUGGGAUUGGCCUUCUACAUGUACCUACUGUAGUAUUGUACUGUGUUUUGAUGUCAGGUCGACAUGGGAAAUUAAAAAAAACUACGAAAACUAGACCGUUCUUUUUGCAUGAUCCGAGUAGAUUUGUUAUCGUACGUUAGUGUGAUGCAUGUGUACCUGUCUUUUUAUUUCAGCUAUUCGUUCCCUAAAUGAAAGAUUGUUUAUUGUGUUGCAAAUUGUGACAUUUCUGUUCUGGUUUUUGAAUCCAUUUCUAAGUAAAAACUAAAGUUGAACUAAGUAUUUUCUUUUCUGCUAUGCUCUGUAAGAACAAACGCACUGGUGUUGUGUGGCGUGCCAAUCCAAGGCAAGAAACCAGUGUUAAAAACAGCAUUUGAGGGAUCAUAUACUUUUGACACAGUACCAUUGUUCUGUUACAGGACAAACUUACUAUGUUUCUAUGAAGAGUGCCAUAUUUAAUGACGAAACAGGCCUUAGGCGACGAAAUCACGUACAGAUCUUUAUGUAAAGCGGGAUAAUGUGUGCAUGUAUUGAAUAUGUCAUAUCUAAUUCAAUCAUAUAGAUGCAGAAUUAGAGCAAACGCACACUUUAAACUGCGUGGAGAGAAUUGAAUGUAUGGUCCCUUUAAGAUGCUGUUGCUCUUUAAUUACUUUGUAUAAAAAAAGAAAAGAUCAACGCAAAUGCAGUGCAAUUUGAUGAUUGUUGCAGAUACAUGUAUAGUUCAAAUUUCAUGUUCUUUCACGUUGAGGUAAAUGGCUUUUAUUGGACCGAAUCCGUUUUUUUUUCUCCUUUUUUAACAUGUAGAUAGUUCAUUUUGUUUUCAUUUAAGUAUAAACACAUUUUAAAACCUGUUACUUAAUUCAUUAAGUAAUUUUUAUAAUUAUUAUGUGAGUCUAUCCUUAUAAGAUUAAAAAAAGUUAAUGUGA